CUCUAAGAUGCACCCAAAAAAAGAAAAACAUAUAAUUCUCUCAAUUCCAUUUCACACUCAAUUAACUACUAAUGUUCCUACUUUUGUUUUUGAAAACUGUUUUUGAAGAAUUAUGGUUGAACGAGUGUAUAAUAUUUCAUGUCAAUCAGUAUUCACAAACUUAUGAUUUUCGAUCGAAGACAGAAAUAACUUUAAUAGCAUAGUUGUCUUUGUCUUCUUUAUACAAUUUUUUUUCUUUUGUUCUGAAAACAUAAGCCAGCUCCAUAUCUUUGUUAAUUUUGCCUUUCUUUCUCAGUGUACUUUCUCUUGCUUGUGGUAUCCAACUACUCCAAUGGCUGCUUUCUCAAGUUUUCUUAUAUUCUUUCUCUCUUCUUGAUCCAAGAAAGCUUUGAUUCUUAAGUUUUUUAUGAAUAAAAAUAUUUACAGUGAAAAGAUAAUAAGCCCUGUUCAAGAACAGUUAUGGUUUGGCUCUCUCAUUUGAUCUAUUUUUAUUAAAGCUUGGCAGUCUCUGUCAUUGUUACUACUAAAUCCAAGAAGAAGAAACUGGAGAUAAUACACAGGUCAGCAGCCAACUUAAAGUGAUGGGUUUCAACAUUCUGAGAGAUUUGGCACUAUUUGCUCUCUAUUCCUUCUUGCUCUUCUCAGGUUCAAGUUUAGCAGAGAAAUCAUCUAUACAAGAAGAAAAUCAAGAAAACAUACCUCUACAGAAUGAAGAAGACAGAACAAUCGUCUCACCUAUACGUUUCACUCAGUUGGAUGACACUACAAUUGUUAACCCAACAACUCCUGGAGGAACUCCAGUUGCACCACCACAGUCUGUACCAAACAUAGUAGACCCCAGUGUGAAUCCCACCGCAGUGUCGGGGAAUCCAGGUGGAGGUUCAUGGUGUAUUGCAAGCUCUGCAGCUUCCCCAACUGCUCUGCAGGUGGCUCUUGACUAUGCUUGUGGCUAUGGCGGUGCAGACUGUUCUGCGAUUCAGCCAGGUGGGAGCUGCUAUGACCCAAACACAGUGAAGGACCAUGCCUCUUAUGCCUUCAAUGACUAUUACCAGAAGAAUCCAGCCGCUACUAGCUGUGUUUUUGGAGGAACAGCACAACUCGUUAGUACAGACCCAAGUAAUGGUAACUGUCACUAUGCCAAACCCGGAGCUGUAUUAAGCCCCCCUCCACCAGCAACCCCACCACCCCCGGCACCUGUCAUCCCAACACCAACUCCGCCAGCCCCCACAGUCCCAACACCACCACCGCCGGCCACCACAAACCCUACAUAUACGCCUACAAACCCAACAUAUACGCCCACAGAUCCAUCAAUUUAUGGUGCAGGACCAUCAGGCAUGCCCAGCUCAGCCACUUCGAUAUCAAAACGAUCGGUGCUGCUUUGGACCAUAACUUACCUUAUGGGUUUGCCCGUGGCAAAUCAUCUGUAAGCCGAAGAAAUUGUUUCUUUUCUCCACAGAGAGAUGGCAAUCGCUUAUUUGCUGCACAUUUUUGCAUUGUUAGACAUCAAUAUGAUAAAAGAAAGAUUAUAUAGCAAGUUAUUGCUGUUAUACAUCAGGUUAUGCAUUAGGUAACUAAGAAGUCCACGGGAACAUACAUCAGUAGAUUAAAGAAAUAAAUAGGUCAUAUGCUAUUCAUAAGAUAUUUCACAUUGUUACCCAAUAAAAAGAUAUAGACAGGUCAACUCCAAUUUGGAUGAAUGUUAGCAAAUAAUAUGGAUAAGUCAAUUCCAUUUGGAAGCUCUCUAGGUUGGUUUUCCAGGGAAGAGGCAUUGUACUCGAACUUCAGCUUGCACGAGUUCAUUUAGUUUUACCUAUUAA